AUGUCCAGCUCCAAAGCUCCUAUCCGCUCACCAUCCCCUACUGGGUCGGUUCAGUUCGCCGCGCCAGGCGCACCCACACCAGGACCCACCUUCACUGUCACCUCCAGCUAUGGCAACUAUGGCAAUCACGACAAGGACGAUACUAAGGUUGACGUGUUCUAUGGAUCUCGUGAAAAGUUGAGACUAUUCAUUACCCAACUCAUCGCGACUUUUAAAUUGAACCGCACCAGGUAUAUUACCCAUAAAGACAAGAAGGGGUCAGCUACGCAGUACUAUGCCCUGUUUAAGAGGCUUCAGGCCAAACUGGACUGGAACAACAAUAUACUUAUCGCUACCUUCUACACUGACUUAAAGGACAACAUCAAAAAGGAGUUGGGACCGGAGAGGCCUAACAUAUAUCAGGGGUUGGUCAACAAAGCCAUCGAAAUUGACAACUGGCUAUACAAGUUAGGAUUGGAGAAGAAAGGAUACCAUAAAAAGACGAGUGGCGCGUACUAUAAGGGCAAGCGCACUAACUACCAGUCUUAUGGUGAUCCGAUAGACCUUGAUGUUAUUGAACAAGGUUGGUCCUCACGACUAAAAGGCAAGUUCCAACGCAAGGGGCUAUCCAACAAGGAGCGAGAACAACGCAAGAAAGAAAACCUGUGCUACAACUAUGGAAAUCCAGGAUAUAGGGCUAACGAGUGCGGUACAAAGCCUGUAGAACUGCAUAUAAUUGAAGCUGGUAUUGAAGAAGAAAAGGCUAACACUCCAAUUAAGAAAGAACUCAAGCGCCUAAGACUUAAGAGCAAAGAAUAG